AUGGCUGCUAUGCCGCCGCAUUCUUUAUUAAGUUUUGGAAUGUUUCUGAAUUUGAAUGGAUUUGCUGAAAAGUUAUUAAGUAAUGAGACAAGCGCCAGAUGGUUGUUUAGGCUAACUUCUGGGGUGGAAAUUAGUACUGAAGGAGGGAAUAUCUCUACGGUUGCUGGUAAACUGUCCCUACCACUGAAGCCAUUCACAGCAUUGGAAUCUUUAUUUCAUGAAAUACAGUUUUCUUGCAGCGAAGGGAUAGAUUUACGGACGGAAGCUAUCGAACUUGGAAUUAUGCACUUACUCAUUACAUGUUUAAAGAUAUUUGGUCACCUUGAACCGUUUAUAUCAAUAGAUCAGAAUUCGGUAGGGAAGCCGAUUGCUAGUGCGAUAUACUUGGAAAAAAGCAGAGACCAUGAUUUAUACUAUAUGGCAAAAGGGACAGGAUUUGGAACAGGAUCGAUUGCGUCUAACUGGGAUGUGGAUCAACUGCUCAUAGUUCAACAAAUUGAAGAGUCUCAUAUUAACGCUAUUUUGAAUGUGAUCACAUCCUUUCUGGAAUAUGACAAAUCAACCUAUUUAUCGUUAGAUACAAGAGUAAAAGAUACGAUAUCCACAAUUCUUAAGAAAUUAGCUCUAUUAUUUAAAGAAUCGAACUUUGUGGUUUUUAUUAAUAAUUGUCUAAGGAAUGACUCUGUUUUAGAUAUUGCACACCAUAUUCCGAUGUAUCAGUCUUUAUUAAAUGUCGUACGUAAUAUUGCAAAAUGGCCGACGUUAAUUCCGCUACUAGCUCCGGACGUCACCUCAAGCGAAGGCUCUGAUGGCGUCGUAGAUUUUAUUAAAAAUUUAAAAAGCUGCAUCGAAAUUUAUUUGGGAAGAUUAAGGCCAAGUAAGAAAGGUACUUUUAAAAAUGGCGAUAAAAUGAUAGAUGAAGAAGAUCAGGACAGAAAAAACAUUGCUUCCUUGAUUCCGAAUAUUUUAACUACUUUAGAGAUAGUCGAAAAUGGUAUUGCUUCUUAUAGAAAUGUGAAUGAAGAUAUGCCAACGUUGGUUAACACGAAUGCUGAUAUUAAUGAAGAGCAACAUGAUGGUGAUAGUGAUCAAAAUUAUGUGGCAAAGAUGAGAUCGUUGCAGUUUGAUACUUACUGUAUCACAACUGAAACGGAUGAAAAUGAAACGAUAUUUAACGUUCGCUAUCACUAUGCAUCAGCCGUGCGUUCAGCAAUAGCUAAUGGUAGCGAUUCUGGCAGUUCGGAGAGGGCUAGAAGGCUAGCUCAGGAAGCUGCGGCUUUGUCGAAUUCCUUACCAUUAUCUGCCAGUUCUAGUGUGUUUGUCAGAUGUGAUGAAGAACGGCUAGACAUAAUGAAGGUUAUAGUUACGGGUCCUAGUGGAACACCAUACGCAAACGGUUGCUUUGAAUUUGAUACCUACUUUCCGCCAGAAUACCCAAAUGUUCCUAUGCAAAUAACAUUAAUAACUACUGGUAAUCAUACCGUAAGAUUCAAUCCUAACCUUUACAACGAAGGCAAGGUAUGCCUGAGCAUACUGAAUACAUGGGUUGGUAGACCAGAAGAAAAAUGGAGCCCUCAGACCUCGAAUUUUUUACAGGUCCUAGUUUCGAUUCAGUCGUUGAUUCUGGUAUCUGAACCUUAUUUUAAUGAGCCUGGAUAUGAAAGGUCAUAUAAUACCCCUCAUGGUCAGCAAGCGUCGUUAGAAUAUAGCGCAAAUAUUAGACAAGCGACAGUUCGUUGGGCAAUGUUGGAACAAUUGCGUAAUCCACCGUCAGGCUUUGAAGAUGUAAUACAAAGUCAUUUUGCAAUGAAACGAAGUGAGAUUUUAAAACAAUGUCAAAACUGGAGAGAAGAGUAUGAAGAUAUCGUAAAAAAUCACAGCAAAAAAGCAAGUAAAGCGUUCGUGAAUAGUCUGGAACUUCUAAAAAAGCACAUUAAUAAGUUACAGGAAGAAUUGAAGAAAUUAUAA